AUGCAUCGUUAUGACGUCCUGCGGCAAACCCAUUUGGGGAAGGGCUUAGGGCCUGCCUUAUCGAUAAGACGUGUUCGUCACUUUCCUUUCUUCUCCAACAACAUGCGGCGUGAAUAUCUGCCGAUCGAAACCCUACCAGCUUGGCAGUGCCUGAAUGGCAUUGUCGCGAAAGGCGUCGCGUUUCAGAAGCUCGGAUCCAGCGAGUAUGGUACAGACAAAGGCAGCGCGAUCGUCGCGACUGAAGCCAAGUCCAGCGAUGAGAACGAUGCAACGCCUGAGAUCCUGCUCCAAAUUCCCUCCGAUCUGUUUCUGUCCCUAGAGACAGUCCACAACUAUGCAAAAUCCGACCGGUAUCUACGCGAUGUAUUGGAAGCACUCGGUGAUUUCGGAAGAACAGCCAGAGGAGCUAUAAUGAUAUUCCUUCUGGUUCAGCUAUCACAUACCAGCCCCGAUCUUCGCGACAAACACGAACAUGUUGGCGUCUCCAACCCAUGGACCGAAUACAUCAAGUUCCUACCUCCAACAUUCCCCUUACCUACGUUUUACACGACGGAAGAGCAGGAGCUACUUCGGGGAACCUCCCUUGCUGAAGCCUUGGAUGCCAAGCUGAUGUCUCUCGAGCGGGAGUUUCAGAAUCUCCGUCAGGCCACGGAGGAUAUCAAGUGGUGUCAGCAGAGCUGGUGGGACGAGGAGAAUGGCUCGUUAACGAUCCAGGAUUGGAAAUAUGUUGAUGCGGCGUAUCGGUCGCGCAUGUUGGAUAUCCCCGGCAGUGGACUUGCGAUGGUACCUUGCAUUGAUAUGGCCAACCACGUGUGCGGGGAGAGUGUGAAGGCGCUGUAUGAUGCAGACUCAGAUGGGAAUGCAGUUCUUCAGUUGCGUUGGGGCAAGCACCUACAACCUGGAGAGGAAGUGACCAUCUCAUAUGGAGAUGAAAAGCCCGCUUCUGAAAUGAUCUUCUCCUAUGGUUUCCUAGACAGCGCUACGACUGAGACACGAGAGAUUUGUCUUCACGUAGACAUGCCGGAAGAUGACCCUCUCAGCGUCGCGAAAAAGAUAUUCUGCCAACAGAAUAGCGGGGUUCGAAUUACAGCCCAGGAAUCUGAAGAGGAACCGAUUACAUGGGAAAGCAGCCUUGUGUGGAUAGCCUGUGUGAACGAAGAAGACGGACUGAAUUUUGGUCUCGCACAGACAACUGACGGCGGCAGAGAACUCGAAACAAGGUGGAAAGGCGAAAAGAUCCAAUCACCCGACCACCUCCGAGAACUUCUUGCCGCUGAUCCCUUAUGGGAAAUCAUCCAGCUUCGGGCUGUGGUGCUGCUUCUUGAGCGACUCGAGACUCAGCUCUCUCUUCUACAAGAAAUAGAGGAAGUAAUCGCUAAUCUCCGUGAGAAUGAAGAGGCUCUGACCUUGUUCUUUCGACCAGAGAUCUUUGACUUGAUCAUUCGGUUCCGAGUCCUCGAGGCCGAUCUACUAGAGAAAGCGGUUGAAGAACUUAUCAAACAGCGCACCGAGUUACUGGGAUCUGCCAGUGUUGCGGCAUAUUUUAGCCCGCAAACGGGAGUGGCAGAGGAAGCCGAGGACUUUUCCUGA